GGGACGACGCCGGCGAGAAAGUCCAGCUCCUCCUGGACCUAUGCCUUCGAUGUCUGACAAAGAAUCUUUCCAGAUAUGCUGCAGAUAUUAAGUCAUUGCCACCCAACAUAAAGGAUAAAUUGAUUACAUUAAUGAGUAGGCAAGGGCAAAUAACUGAUUCAAACAUCGGUGAGGUAUUGCACUCUGCUGUAGAGUUUCUAGACCUCCGAAACUGUGAUAUUUCAGAUAGUGCAUUAUUGCAGCUUUAUAACUGCAAGCAAUUGAAAAGAAUCGACUUAACUUCUUGGAAAGAAAACAGAUUGGGAAUCACUUCAGAAGGUGUCAUAGCGCUGGCCUUAUCCUGCCCUUACUUGCGUGAAGUGUCUUUUAAAAGGUGCUCCAAUAUAACUGACAGCGGAGUCCUUGCUCUUGCGCUCAACUGCCAGUUCCUACAAAUAGUGGACUUGGGCAGCUGUUCAGGCAUCAUGGAUGCAUCUCUGCAGGCACUAGGAAAAAACUGCAAAUUUCUUCACGGUGUGGACUUUUCAUCUACUCAGGUAACUAUGGUGACAAUUGGCAAAUUGACGUUUGCUUUAUAA